CGCCAUAGCACCAGGCAAAUGAAUAGCAUCAAGUCAGGCUCCUUCAUUUGAAGGCGAAUCGGCCGCAAUGCCUUGGAGACUGUUUUACCGCAUUCUUGGCAUCGAGGAACAGGAGAGGCUUGUCGAACACAUACUCCGCCAACCAGGAUGGCACCGUUUCGUCGGUCGAAUUCAUCGACGAGUCGACGAGUUCCAAAACGGGCCGAUGCCAAAUCAGUCAACACUGCGCCCGGGCGAGGCAACUGAGGACCCGAACCGACGCGGUUUCGUCUAUCAUUUUGUCGAGGAGAUCAAGAGUGCAUUCAGACAACCAAAUGGCCCUCCGCCACCACCCGGCAAGAAGUGAGCGACUAGACUAGAACUAGACACCAUUCGGAUACAGCGUUCCCGAUAUCUCGAGACACCCCCUCCCGCCUUGAUCCAAUCGGAAAUCGCAAGGUCACCAUCUCGUGUUCGUAUACAGUACUCGCCGACUCAUAAGCGCCGAUUCGAGUAUCAGAGACGCUCAAACACACAUGGUGACAGGAAACAGGGCCUCUUUUGUUUAUUCGCAUUGCGGCCAGGUGCACGUUUGAGACGAUGUGACAAGGCCACUGGAUUCUGGUGGGAUUUGCGAUGGCGCAGUUGCAGUUGCCAGAAUCAAGGCGGCAGCGUAGCAGUCCCCUUCAUAGGGUGUGUGUCAUAAUGUUGAUUGGGGACGAGGUUGUGAUUCAUUGUCUGAGCGUUGGAUUGCCAAUCCGUGAGAGCAGCCGAAGGAACCAACAUGUCAACCAGACGUAGAUAUCAACAGGCGCAUAUCCAAAAAAACUAGCUCUCCUCUUCAGCAACCCGCUUCCGCCAUUCUUCGCUCUGCUCAAGCGCAUGUACAAAACCCUCUCUCCAUGUCCCUGCGACAUCUUCCUUGAACAAAACGCCCCUUUUGAAAUCCCACGCCAGCAACCCCUCUUUCCUAGCACCGCCGUCGCCCUGCAGCACACCCACUGCAACGCAGACUGUAUCAGGCUCGUCGUGAACCGCCCAAAACACCCCAGCAGAGCAGACGCCACAUCUGUACCGCUCUACAUUCUCCGAGCUCUUGAAAUAUGUCAGGCUUCCGAACUGCCCCUUAUCAACCGCAUCCUUGAGAUCAUGAAUCGUCGCCGGGAAACCAGUCACACCGGCGGCCUCGAUGUGUGCCAAGGGAACAGUCGCCCACGGCGUGACUUCCACACCUGAAGCCCGCCUGCACGAAUCGCACGCGCACAGGCCGGCCCGGUAUCGAAAAGUCCCCGGCUGGACGCAGUCGGGAACCGGCCCGCGCUCGGCUUUCAGGUCCGCUGCGCUCCUCAGCACAAGUGCAACCCCGCCACAGUGGCACCCGAUCGGGGUCUGUGCUGGCACCGCCGAGCCUCUCUCCUGUCGAGUCGUCACGGAAUCCAACCCCCUGCCUCUCUGCAACUCCUCCUCUCCACGGUGCUGCAUCCACCGCUUGAUCUCCUCUCCGCCUACGACGUUCCUCUCUAUCCAUCCCGACGCCCCGCCGUCCAGCGUGUCGCCGACCCACAUGUGGGACCCGUACUUGGCGACCGCGGCAGCACGGUCGUCGGCAUCCACCACUCCCAGGAUGACGUAGAUCCAUUCCAGGCCCGCGACCCGGCAGAACAGAGUGCUGCCGCACCUGCCGCACGAAAAGGUAGAGAUGCGAGACGACAUGUUGUACUGGCGCAGUCCCGAAAGGUCGGGCUCGACAGGCCAAGGCGCGCAGACGCUGUAGAGGUUGCCCGUCAGGCGGCGGCACGAGUCGCAGUGGCAGCACCCGGCCUCGAGUGGGAGAGAGUCGGCGGGUGUGUUGGCCGUGAAGGUGUUGGCCGCGCAGAGGCACCUGGCCGUGAGUGUGACUUGUUUUUUGGUCGCCAUCAUUGACUGGGGGUG